AUCAAUUUAGAGAGAGAAAGAGAAUCACGAGGCAUAAAAAAAUAUACUUAUUUACUAAAUAAAUGGAAGGUUAGAACUUUGAGUAGAAAGAGAAACUUGGAAUUGAGAGAGAGAGUGAAAUCCUUGGAACAAGAGAGAGUAAUUAAAAAUGGGUGCUUGAAUAUAUAUAUGUAGAGAGAGAGAGAGAGAGAGAGAGAGAGUGUGUGUGUAAUUGUGUGUGUCUGGAUGUGUAGUGUGGAAAAGGGGGCAAUUAAAAGUAAAAAUGCAGCAUUUGGUCUCUGCUAUACUCAACAUCCCCUCCUUUCCCAAAGCUCCUCUUGUCUCCUCCCUUCGUUAUAAUUAAAAAAAUCUAUUUUCUCUCUCCAUUCUAGCCGGAAUUAUUCUCCGGCGCCGACAAACCCUGUUUAAAUCAAUUAGCUGAUCGAUACUGUAUUCCCUCACAUUAGUUAAAUUAUUCAGCGGCGAGAUGAGAAUCUAGUGAGAACUCCGGCCGCUUAUUUGAGCUGGAAAAGGGGAGUUCCUGAAGGGGAAUGAAGACACCAAACUCCGGUGCCGGAGCUCCGCCUGCUAACGCCUCCGCCGCUGAAGGUGAGAAGAAGAACAUAAAUCGGGAGCUAUGGCAAGCAUGCGCCGGUCCACUGGUAAACCUGCCGGUCGCCGGGACCCACGUCGUCUACUUUCCUCAAGGCCACAGCGAACAGGUAGCUGCAUCCAUGAAAAAGAAUGCGGAUGCCCUAAUCCCGAACUACCCGAAUCUUCCACCGAAACUAUUAUGCCUCCUUCACAAUGUCACUUUGCAUGCUGAUCCAGAAACGGACGAAGUAUAUGCCCAGAUGACACUACAACCAGUUCCUUCGUUUGAUAAGGAUGCUCUAUUAAGAUCAGACCUUUCGAUGAAAUCAAACAAACCACAGACGGAGUUCUUCUGUAAGACUUUGACUGCAAGUGAUACAAGCACUCACGGGGGCUUCUCUGUGCCUCGUCGAUCCGCAGAAAAGAUUUUUCCUCCUCUGGAUUUCACAAUGCAACCGCCUGCGCAAGAGCUGGUUGCAAGGGACUUGCAUGAUAGCAUGUGGACAUUCCGACAUAUUUUCCGAGGACAACCUAAGCGUCACCUUCUUACAACUGGAUGGAGCCUGUUUGUCAGUGGGAAGAGGCUGAUUGCCGGUGACUCCGUCUUAUUUAUUAGGGAUGAAAAGCAACAGUUUCUUCUAGGGAUAAGACGGGCCAACAGGCAACCGACAAAUAUGUCUUCGUCGGUUUUGUCGAGCGACAGCAUGCACAUAGGUAUAUUAGCUGCUGCGGCACAUGCUGCUGCAAAUAACAGCCCUUUCACAGUGUUCUACAAUCCGAGGGCUAGCCCGUCGGAAUUCGUGAUCCCGUUAGCCAAGUACUACAAGGCAGUUUGCAGCAACCAAAUAUCGCUCGGCAUGCGCUUUCGCAUGAUGUUUGAAACCGAAGAAUCAGGGACUAGAAGAUAUAUGGGUACAAUAACUGGAAUCAGUGAUCUGGAUUCAGUCAGCUGGAAAAACUCCCAAUGGCGCAACUUACAGGUUGGUUGGGAUGAGUCGACCGCUGGCGAAAAACGUAGCCGUGUGUCCAUAUGGGAGAUAGAACCUGUAACCGCUCCGUUUUUCAUCUGCCCUACGCCGCCUUUUUUCCGACCAAAGCGCACUAGGCAACCUGGAAUGCUAGAUGACGAUUCUUCGGAUAUGGACAAUUUAUUCAGCAGAAGAAUGCCAUGGCUAGGCGACGAAUACGGUUUAAAAGAUUCACAAUCUCAACAGGGCCUCAGCUUAGUACAGUGGAUGAGCAUGCAGCAAAACCCCUCCCUCGCUAACUCCAUGCAACAACCGAAUUACAUCAACGGUUCAGAAAAUUCACGGCCGUUGGGCCCACCCGCAACCCAAAUCCCCCAUCAGUACAGCCCACAGUUCAACCCACAGAGGCCCAACCAACCGCCACAACAGCAGUUGACCGAUAUUGACCAACCGCAAAGACAGAAUUUCGUCGCUGCUCAAAAUUUGCCCAGUAACCAAGUUCAGUCCCAGGUUAUGCAGCAGCAGCAAUCUUUUCUGAACAAUCAUCAGCUACAGAGAAAUAGUAAUCCCCCUCAAAAUCUGCCUCAGCAACAGCAGAAUCUAAUCCCAGCCGUCGAUCAAACAAGCCAACAAUUGCAUAUUUCAGACAACCAAAUCCAGCUCCAACUUCUUCAGAAACUCCAUCAGCAACAGCAGUCUCUGUUAGGACAGCAAACUUCGCAGCCGACACAGCUCCAAGAUAUUCCGUCAAACUUCUCCAUGUCCAUGAAAAGAAGCCAAAUGAUCGAUCCUUCUCAAGAAACGUCCAACAUGCAUCAUCCUAGUCAGCAGAUGCCAAGAAACCCUAGUCAGAACAAUCUUCAGUUUGCCCAUCAAUUCGGAACACAGUCGGAACUGUCCGGCCAUGUCGGGACAACUUUAAACCAAACAAACAAUAUGUUGAUGAACGGAGCCAUUGGUAAUAAUAAGGGCCAGUCUGCAGUUACAGACGAUGUUCCGUCUUGUUCGACUUCACCAUCCACGAACAACUGUCCUAAUGCAGUUCAGCCGUUAAAGAACGUUAGAAAUAACCGAGUUGCAACAACAAUGGGGGAUGAGAUUAUUACCCACCCUUCUUUCACUCUUUUAGAUUCAACGACUGGCCUGGAUCCCAUGUCUUCUGGCGGUAACCUAGUUAAAGACUUGCAUCAGAAACCUGGUAAUAAGCCCCCGUUGAAUACUACUACUACUAAUAAUAAUAAUAGUACAUCAAGAAGUCAGAACCAAGGAUUUUUCGCAGCAUCUCAAACUUACCACCUUAAUUCCGGUGGGACCCACAUAGACUAUUUGGACAGCUCAUCUUCCGCAACAUCGGUUCUUUCGCAGAACGAUGUACGGAUGCCGCAGAAUAACUCAAUGUCGUUCAAUUCUACUCAGUCGAUGUUGUUUAGUGAUCAAAGGAACAACGACUCGUUUGGGGCUACUAACAUGGACAAUCAGUUGGGGAUUCCCAUGAUGUCUGAGCCGUUGAUUACGAGGAACAUGGUGGGACCAGAUAAGGACUUUUCGACCUACGAGAAUAUUCCCACGGACGUUCAAAAUGAACCCUCUUCAUCGAUGGUCUCGCAGUCAUUUGGAGUCCCGGAUAUCACUUUCAAUUCCAUUGAUGAUUCCAACUUAAACGACGGCAACUUUAUGAAUGGAGGAGGUGGUGCUUGGGUCCCACCGACGCAAAUUCCUAGGUUGCGGACUUAUACAAAGGUGUACAAGCGUGGAGCUGUUGGAAGAUCGAUAGAUAUUAGCCGUUACUCGUGCUAUGAUGAGCUGAAACAAGAUCUGGCCCGUCGAUUCGGUAUAGAGGGACAGCUGGAGGACCGUCAGAGAGUUGGUUGGAAACUCGUCUAUGUGGAUCACGAGAAUGAUGUCUUGCUAGUUGGAGAUGAUCCUUGGGAGGAAUUUGUGAGCUGCGUGCGUUGCAUCAAGAUCCUUUCUCCACAGGAGGUCCAGCAAAUGAGCUUGGAUGGAGAUUUUGGAAACAGUGUUCUUCCCAAUCAAGCUUGUAGCAGUUCGGAUAAUGGUCUGAUUUAGAAGGACAAAAUUGUCAUUUCCAUUUACCACGUACAAAAUUUAGCCCUCGAUACGUUGAAUGAAAAACGAGCAGCCUUGUAGGGAUAAAUAUAUUCAGAAAAUGAAUCCCUAGCAGACAGGGCUAUCGUUGAACUUUGGACAACAGAGAUAGUAGCGUGUUAGAAGUAGACAGGAGAGCGAAAGCAUCUCUAUGCCACGUCUAUUUUUUUGAAGCAAUAUAGGAUGAGUUGAUAAGCCGGAUAAAUACGUUUUAGUUAUCACGGUUAUUUCUUCUUUGUUUCAUUUGUAAAAACUUGAUCCCUACCAAAUUGUAUUGUAGAAAGUAACAGCUUGAAAUCUGUAUGCAUUGUGUAAUUUCCAAUCGUAUAUACAAUUGAUGAUAUUUCAGACAGGCUUCACAUAAAAAAAAUUGACUCCUCGAAUUU